AUGGGGAACGAAGCCAGCCUAGAGGGAGGUGGACAACCUGGGGAACCAGGCUCCGCGGUCUCUACGGCUGGAGCUCCGGGAUCCAUUUCAGCACCAUCGGGCUCUGGACAGCUCAUCAAGCCCGGUAAUGGUGCUGCAGCCGGCGGAGGAGCGGCGGCCGGACCGGGAGCAAGCAUAAACAGACCCACCCAGACUGACCACUCACCCGGGCCCAGGACUGGGGCUCAGCCGGGGUAUGGAGACAGCAGAGCAGGGGGAGGGAGCCGGGGGGAGCCUUACAGACUGGCCACUCACGAAAGCCCCCAUCAGCCCCCGUCGCCCUCGCCCUCCCAGGGGCAGGGGCAGCACGCGGCCCGGCGCAGCCUCCAGGUGGACGUGGGUGGGGGCAGGACGGGGCGAUCGCCCUCCAUGUCGCCAGACCGGAGCGCCCCCAGCUCGCCGUACUCUGUGCCCCAGAUCGCCCCCCUGCCCAGCAGCAAGCUGUGCCCGGUGUGCAACACCACGGAGCUCACCUCCCACGACCAGCCAAACUUCAACACCUGUACGCAGUGCCAUGCCACGGUGUGCAACCAGUGUGGGUUCAACCCCAACCCCCACCUCACUGAGGUCCAGGAGUGGCUGUGCCUGAACUGCCAGAUGCAGAGAGCGUUAGGAAUGGACAUGACGACUCCACGCUCCAAGAGUCAGCAGCAGAUCCACUCUCCUUCUCACCAAGCCAAACCAGAGCCCCAGCUCCAACCCAAACCCCAGGUCCAGCCACAACCCCAGCCCAAACUCCAGCCUCUGUCUCAGCCCCAGCCAAAACCACAAGCCCAAGAGCAGCCACCGAAACAGCCUCUGGCCAAAGCUCAAGCCAAGUCCCAGCACCACCCUCACUCCCAACCCCACUCCCAACCCCACUCCCAACCGCACCCCCACUCCCAACCCCACACUCAAAUGGCUAAGGCCCCGUCCCAGCCGGACCUGUCCCGGUCCUCUCCCCUGCACCAGCCCGGCCGACAGGACCAGAUCCGCAGUGCCGGGAGCUCCCCCGCCAGGCAGCCGGCCCCACCCCAGGAGCAGCCGCAGGACGGCCUGACCAAGCUGUUCGGCUUUGGGGCGUCACUCCUAAACCAGGCCAGCACCCUCAUCUCGGUGGACCCCCUGCAGGGCUCGCAGCCUCAGCAAACCCCUGCCCGGGGAGCCCACAAAGUGGUUUUCAGUGACGCCAGCUCCUCAGCCAGCAAGCCCCCAGGCCCUGCAGCUGUGCCCGGGGUGGGCCCAGGCAAGCCGGGGGGAGCCCCGCUCCACACAGGGCCCCACGCCCCCCCUCAGCAGCAGCCCAAACACCAUCAGCAGGCCCCGCAGAAGCAGCAGCAGCAGCAGCAGCCGCUGGCCAGGCGUGAACCCGCUCACAAGCCCCCGGAGCCAGAAAAGCCCAAGGUCAACUGUCCGCUGUGCAAGACCGAGCUCAACAUCGGCAGCAGCCAGCCCCCCAACUACAACUCCUGUACGCAGUGUCACACGCAGGUCUGCAACCUGUGCGGAUUCAACCCCACGCCCCACCUGGUGGAGAAGAAAGAAUGGCUUUGCUUGAACUGUCAGACUCAGAGGUUGAUGUCUGGAGGGUUGGGAGAUGCACCGCUCCCGAUACCUCAGUCAUCUCCAAAACACCAACCAGUGGGAUCACCCAGACACCAACCACCAACCAGUCAACAGCAGACCCAGCAGCCAGCUCUCCAGAAAGCAACCACCCAGCAGCAGCCGGCUCCAAAGCAGCAGCAGCAGCAGCAGAAACCAGUGGCUGAAGGAAGUGGACCUUAUGCUCCAGUGAAGCAGCCAGCAGAGACACAGCAGGACAAGGGUCCCAUCUCCCCGAUACCUACAGCUAUCAGUGAGGCCCAGAGGCAUCAGAAAACAACAGACAAGGACAAGAUGGCACCAAAAAUGGAAACGGAUGCUGAGACCAAACCAGCGCCAAAGAAGGGAGCACCUGAGCCGAUCACUGUGACUACGCCGGUGAAAGACAUAAAAAGAGUUACGGAGUCUCAGAAGUCCAGAUAUCAAGAUGAGACAAACAAGUCCAGCACACAAGACCUUUCCCGAAGUCCACAGAGCCUGAGCGACACUGGUUAUUCCUCAGAUGGGAUAUCCAGCUCCCACAGUGAGAUCACAGGUUUAAUACAAGAAGAGGAGAUGAAGCUAAGUGAGCGGGGGCUAAGUGAACACAGCCCCCCAAGCCCAUCUGAGAUCACAAAGUUGGAGAGUUCUAUGCGUACUCUGUUGGAGUCUAAAUCCAUUCCAGAUCAGGAGCAAGAGAGGGGGCGAGGGAGGCAUUCACAUGACUCCAGGGAUAUUGAUGAUAAGAAGCAGAGGCCUCGGUCUCUGUCCAUUACCCCAGAGGCAUAUGACUCAGAUGAGGAGCUAGAAGACAUCCUGGAAGAGGAUGAAGACCCAGACUGGGAAAACCAGCGUAACCUCAGGAAUAGCAUGGCAGAAUCAUCUGAUGAUUUCAGCAGCAAAAAACAAGAGACAGAGAUGACGGAUGAGGAAUUUAUGAGGAGGCAGAUCUUAGAAAUGAGUGCAGAUGAGGAUAAUGAAGAGGAUGAUGAUGAUUACAGUUACCAAAAACCAAAAAAGAGCCAUAAGCACAGUGCAGAUUCAGGUAAAGAGAAGCAGCGCCGCCUCACUCAUCACUCCAGUAGUUUUGAAGAGGAAACCAAAGGAGCUGAUGAUGCCUACCAAGGUGCAAGUGAAGAUGGUGAUGAAGAUCUGAUGGCUUCCCAAGGAGGCCUCCGUCGUUUCAAGACAAUUGAAUUGAACAAUACAAGCAGUUACAACCGUGACAUGGAGCUCAGCAGUGAAAAUGACCUUAGCUUGGAUCGGGAACCAGAGCUGGAAAUGGAAAGUCUGACUGGCUCUCCAGAUGAGCGAUCAAGGGGGGAAUACUCUUCAACCAUCCCUGCGACAACUCCAAGUUAUACUUCUGGUACUUCUCCCACUUCAGUAUCUUCCAUGGAGGAUGACAGUGACAGCAGCCCUAGUCGCAGACAGAGGUUAGAAGAAGCUAAGCAGCAGAGGAAAGCCCGGCAUCGUUCCCAUGGCCCACUUCUACCAACAAUUGAAGAUUCAUCUGAAGAAGAUGAAUUAAGAGAAGAAGAGGAACUGCUGCGCGAACAGGAGAAGAUGCGAGAAGUUGAACAGCAAAGGAUUCGGAGCACUGCCAGGAAAACUAAGAGAGACAAGGAGGAGCUAAGGGCACAGAGACGCAGAGAGCGAUCCAAAACUCCUCCCAGUAACCUCUCUCCCAUUGAGGAUGCAUCUCCCACAGAGGAGCUGAGACAAGCAGCAGAAAUGGAGGAGCUUCACCGAUCCUCUUGCUCAGAAUAUUCACCUUCUAUUGAUUCUGAGGCUGAAGGUUUUGAAAUAUCUUCCAAGCUCUACAAAUCUGGAAGUGAGUACAACCUGCCAACAUUUAUGUCACUCUACUCCCCCACUGAGAAACCAAACACCACCAGCUCUUCCUCAUCAAGUGGCAAACCACUUAAAAGUGCUGAAGAGGUUUAUGAGGAAAUGAUGAGGAAGGCAGAGAUGUUACAAAAGCAACAAAAGCAGCAGGCACAGCAUGCGAGACAUGGGCAGCAGUAUGAUGAUUCCUAUCAGCAAGAAGAAUUAAGGAAUGGACAGGAGCAAGACUAUGAGGAUGACUAUGACUAUAAUCAGGAUGAGACUGGCUUUGAAAACAAUGCAUCAGAGACCGAUAACAUAUAUGAGGAAAUUCGUCAGACAUCCCAAAGCAUUACCAAAAUGCAUCAGUCUUCCACUCAUGACUUAGAAGAGCAAGCAGAUGACCAGAUUGAUAUAGAUGAGUCCUACUCAGACAAGCAGCUUUUGGAUACUGGGUCAGCUUUUGCUAAAUUACUGGAACAAAACAAUGCUCUUCUUACACCUGGGACAAGUCCUACUCAGCUGUCAGCACCAGUUUCAUUUUCUUCCACAAUUACUGAACCCAGUGGACCUGGAGGGAGGGGGAUUCCUGAUGUCAGAGUAACACAGCAUUUUUCCAAAGAAGGGUCAAAAGACAUAAUCAGAAGUCAAACCACAAAGAAUGGAGUUGUUCCUGCUAUAGCUACCACUAUAGCUGCCUAUGGGGUUUAUUCUAGAGAUGCUGUGACUGUUUCCCAGACAAAUGUCACUCAGACCGUGACUACAACCCAGUCACCAAUGUACAGCCGGCAAACAGGAGCUGGUUCCAACGUUUCCAGUAAAAUAUCAGAGAUGACUCAGGCCUACAGUCAGAGGGAUGUCACUGGGAGGAGAGCUACAGAAAGCAGGACCGUUCAAGUCAGAGAAGUGGCAGCAUCAGAAUCUGACUCUGAAACCCUUACAUCCAAGGUCUUUACUUAUUUCAAAGGAUCAAGCCCUCCCCUUUCCCCUACUAGUUCUCCUACACAGAGUCCUAAACGAUCUCCAUCCAGAAAAAACACAACUGAGUUUGCUACACAAACCUUCAAUCCUGGUAUGCCAGUGACACCUUCUGGCUCUGGUACUACCUCUCCAGUAAUGGCUCAAGGAACCCAGACACCCCAUAGAAUUGUUUCACCACGCCUCUCCAGACAACAGUCCUCUCAGGAUUCACCUUUCAUGGUGAUAACCUUAGGUUCUGAGCCUACAAGCCCUGCUAAGCCAAUAACAGUCAACUCCUCCACCUCUCCUCUGUCUUCACCAACCAGAUUGAGUCGUCAGUCAACCUUUGAUACCUAUAGUCCCACAUCAAGUUCCCCACCCUCCCCAACCCAAGAUUCUUUACCACAUGUUUUAUAUAAGGCAAAGAUUGUGGAAAAGGUUAGUGUUGGUACUAGCAUGGUGACCACUGCAAGUACAUGUAGUCAUGGAUCAUUGUCCAUGGAAAAUAUAUCACUUUGUAGAAUCUCCACUGUUCCUGGUACAUCCAGGGUUGAACAAGGCCAAAUGAUGUCAAGCAGCAGUUUGGUCGAUCUGAGGACAGCUACAAAGCCAGCCCCUAUUAUAAUGACAGAUCAUGGUAUGGAUUUGACAUCUUUAGCAACAGACGCACGGAAGUACUCUAGUGAUGCUGAGGGAAGCCCCAGUCGUCAUUCUACUGCAGUUCAGCCACUUGUUAUGAAUCUGAAUGCCCAAGAACAUCCACAUGUGGCUGUAACUACAGUAAGCAUCACUGUUGCAGCUUCCAUGUUUAUAUCACAGCCAAAACAACCUGUAGUCUAUGGUGAUCCAAUGCUGAACAGAGUAGACCUGGGAGUAGGAACAGCAGUGGGCUUGACUCAGAACAAACCACCACCAAUUGACCCAUCCAUUCCAAAGAUAGAUGCUAAGCUGGAGGACUUGAGUAUUCAGCAGCAACAACUACAGAAGCAGCAACAAAAGUUGCAAGAACAGCAGCAGCUGCUAGAACAGCAGUUGCAGCAGCAUCACCAACAGCAGCAACAGCUUCAGCAACAGCAAGCAGCUUCUUUUGCCAGGUACAAUUUAGUGAACCAGGUCCAACCCUUGCUGAAAAAAGACUUGCUUGUGAGUCAGACAAGCAAUGCACAGGCUGUAACAGCACUCUCACCUGCUCUUUCUCAUGAAAUGUAUGGUGCAAGUGGUCUUCCACUGGAACUUAAGAGUAAACCUCCCAUCAUAAAUCUGUCUGCAGUGAAACCCCAAGUGAUGGUGGUCCAGAUGGACACAGUCGCACAUGGAGCACCAGUGUCCCAACUGGUUAAACCCGAAGAACCACAAGAUGCCAUGGACCUGACUGGGCAGAUAAAAGCUGACAAACAGGUGGCCUGCUGUGAUGUAGUGUAUCGAUUACCUUUUGGUGGUAGCUGUCGCCCUUUCUCUCAAAAGCCUAAAGUGGAAGAAAAGGUACGUGCAGCAGAACCGCUGCAAAGCAACCGUCCUCCUUCUGCACCUCCUCAAUUCGGUGGAAGCCACCCACAGGAGCCUGGUCAGGACAGUUACACAUAUCAAGAGCCAGGAGUUGUGAAUCAGAACAUAAUGGAAGAGCGUAAACCCUACCAAGUGCCCCUCUCUGGAAGGCUGCAGCCAUCCAUGUCAGAUACCAAUCUAGCAGACCCUGGUCUUCAGCUCUAUGAGACAAAGAAUGACCCUAGUCUGUAUGGCUCUGGAGACCUGGCUAUGGAUCUGAGCACCAUGAAGCAAGCCUAUGAUGGAAGUUAUCUUGGCAUGGGAAUGCAGUAUGGGUCCUACACAGAUUUAAGGCUUCAGGGGGAUGUUAUGGGUCAGCCCUUGCCUAUGCGAAGAUACAGCUCAAUGUCAAACAUUAGUACAGAUUAUGGCUAUUCAUCUCGAGACCUUUCCACUUUCCAAGAAUCCAACCUAGCCCAGUAUAGUGCUACCACUGCUAGGGAAAUCAGUAGAAUGUGUGCAGCUCUGAACUCAAUGGAGCAGUUUGGGGGACGAUAUAGCAACAACCCAGAUCUACAGUAUGGCUCUGGAAGAGGAGGUGGUCCAGCAGGAAGGCUUAAUUUACAACAGGGGUUAGCAUCAGUGAAAGCUAACCUCAUGUAUGGCCCUGAUGGCCGCCCACUUGCACCUGGUCAAGCAUAUACUAAUCUAGUCAAUGCUAGACAAGCAGCCCUACGGGCAAUGUAUCCAUCUGCAGUAAGAGCUUCUGAUGGUAUGAUCUAUUCCACCAUAAAUACCCCAAUAGCGUCUACCUUGCCAAUCACAACUCAGCCUGCCUCUGUCUUGCGACCCAUGCUGAGGGGUGUUUAUAGACCUUAUUUGACAGGAAAUAUGACUGCUGUACCUUUGGCAAGUCUCACCAGGAUGCCUCUUGUAUCUCAAAGGAUGCCUCUAUCCGCACAGGGACCUUACCGUUUUCCACCUCCUAAUCGCUUUCCAACAGCCUCUAUUCCUGCUAGUGUACCUGCCUCCACUACAUCUAUAGACACACCUGUUUACCUGGGAAAGCCCUCUUUGACUACUACAACGUCUGUGACUACAAUGCAAACAACUCCUCUACAAUCAGCUAAUAUCACACUGGUACCUCUUCAAUCGCCUGUUGUUGUGCCUAUAAGCCAACAACAACCCCAACCUUAUUAUCCAACUCAACAAACCCAGCCCCAGCUGCCACACGCCCAGGCACAGGCUCCACUCCAACCUCCUCCUCAAAUGCAGCCACAAAUACAGGCUCAGAUACCACCACAAACUCAGCCACUGGCAUACACCCAAAUUCCACCACAACCUCAGCCUGCCCCUGCAGUCAGCACUGCUGCCAGUAGCAGCACCCCAGAGAAGGACAGGGAAGAAGAGAGACUGCGCCGACAGCAAGAGCAACAACUGCAGUUGGAACGUGAGUGUGUGGAGCUGGAGAAAAUACGACAAAUGCGCAUGCAGGAAGAACUGGAAAGAGAGCGUCUUGAUCUUCAGAGACACAGGGAAAAAGAGCAAAUGCUAGUCCACCGUGAAAUCCAGGAGUUGCAAUCUAUCAAGCAGCAUGUCUUGCAGCAACAACAGAAUGAGAGGGAGAAUCAGUUGGUCAUGCAGAGGGAACAAUUAGCUCAACAGAAAAUGCAGCUAGAUCAGAUCCAGUCGCUGCAGCAGCAGCUCCAACAACAGCUUGAAGAACAGAAGAGGCAGAAAACUGCCGCAGCUGCCGCAGCUGCUGGAUACUCUGUUGUCUGUGACCAAACUGGCAGGGUAAUUCAACAUGACAUUCCAUCUGAGUUUCAGCGGACAGUGGAUCAGAGGCAUACUUCAAGGGUUUUGCCCAGCUCUGCCUCAGAAAUAUCACUGAGGAACAGGGAGGAGCAUGUAGAAACAAGGGCCAUGAGGAAGCGCAGCUCUAUGCCUCGUUUGAGGGAUGGGUUAGAUGGAGAGGAUAGCCAACACACGGUGAAGAGGAUUGUUGACAGUAGUGUUCAGACUGAUGACGAAGAUGGUGAAGAGAGGUUCAUGAUAUCACGGCGAAGGAGAACCAGACGUAGUGUGGACUGCAGUGUUCAGACUGAUGAUGAAGACAAAGCAGAGUGGGAGCAGCCAGUAAGGCGCAGACGGUCACGUUUCUCAAAGCACUCUGAUACCACUGUCGAGAGCAAAGUGGACACAUCAAAGGUUUCCUCUGCAAGCAUUGGAAUCCAGACCAUUCGUGACUGUUCUGCACAGACUGAUUCUGAGCAGUUGGGGAGAGUUUCUCCUGCUAUUCACAUCACCACAUCUGAUCCAAAAGUAGAGAUUGUGCAUUAUAUUUCAGCCCCUGAGAGAACCCAGAAAGGGGAAAGCCUUGGCUGUCAGACUGAACUAGAGCCUCAAUCCCAAGGUGUGGUAAUUCCUCAACUGAGUGUGCCCACAACCAUAGGCCCUUACUCAACUGGCAUACAGCUUGUUACUGAUCCUCGACAGCAAGGGAUGGUCAAGUUUGAGAGAAGGAAGCCUGAUCCUCUUGAAAUCAGCUACCAGUCUCACCAUUUGCACAAUGAAUCGCUCUCCAGCUUCAUACGCCAAACUCCUAAGUCACCCCAGGUGCUUUACUCUCCUGUCUCCCCUGUUUCCCCUCAUCGCUUAAUGGAGACCUCAUUCUCCUCUAGUGAACGCCUCAAUAAAGCUCAUGUCACACCACAGAAACACUUCACAGCAGAGUCUCCCCAGCGUCAACAGACUCUGCCUCGGCCAAUCCGGAAUGUACAAAGAUCAAUGUCUGAUCCAAAGCCCCUCAGCCCAACUUCAGAAGAUCCAGCUAAGGCCAGGUUUGCCAUGUAUCAACAACAAGUUCUCCAAAGCCAGCUUGCGGCUCUGCAGCACAGUUCACUGAUGCGAAAAGUAAAGAGGACUCUGCCCAGUCCACCACCAGAGGAAACCAACCUUCCUAUGAUGAAUCCUGCCUUUCCUCAGAUGUACGGCUGCCCUACCCUUCCUCAUAAGAUGGUAUCCAGGCCAAUGCUCGCCACAAAGGCCAGUCUCCUGAAGGAUAUCACCCAUGAGCUGAAGGUAGUAGAACAGGAGUCCACCAAGCUGCGCAAGCAGCAAGCAGAGUUGGAGGAAGAAGAGAAGGAGAUUGAUGCCAAGCUGCGUUAUUUAGAGCUAGGCAUCAACCAGCGCAAGGAGACCCUGCUGAAGGAGAGGGAGAGGAGAGAGCUGGCCUAUAUCCGGUGCAUGGGAGACAGUAGAGACUACAUGUCAGACAGUGAGCUUAACAACUUGCGGUUGGUCACAGCCUUUGAGGGCAAUGGCCUGCUGACAAGACCAAGCACAGCGCCAUUGAGCCAGUAUUCUACUGAUCAAUUAAGCACAGUCCAGUAUCCCUCUUCCUCCUCCUUUGUCACUUACCAAUACCCACAAAGCCAACCCACACCACAGGUGCCUGCCCCCGCUCCCUAUCAGCAAACAGCAUUCCAGCCCCCUCCAUAUCCAACAAUCUCACAACCUCUCCCUCAACCAAGUGCCUUGCAGCCCCAACCUCCCCCUCCAACCUACCAGGCACAGACCGCUUUCCCACCUCAAAGCUUCCCUCAAAGUCAGCCCCCCUAUCCAAUGGACAUGGGAGCGCAGCCAAGCCUCCCUGGGUUCCAGCCGCCUCCCGGUCCUGCCCCAUACCCAACACAGACCCUGCCCUACCCAACCCAACCUUCCUUCCCAACAGGCCCAAGCAUGCCUUUCCAGCCAAUGGCAGAGAUCCUUACUGUUCACCAGAGGCCAAGGCAGACCUCCUUGGCAGAUUUAGAGCAGAAGAUGCCCACUAACUAUGAAGUCAUCAGUACUCCUACUGUGGUAGUGACUACCACAGCUCAAGAUAAUACCUACACCUCUGCUACUGUGGCUAACCCUUACGGACUAUAUACCACGACUAUUGCUAAUACAUACGGACAGUACACCACAACUGUUGCAAGCACUUAUGGGCAGUACAGCACAUCUGUUGCCAGUACUUACGGACAGUAUAAACCCCCAGAGACGACCUUGUCUGACCGGAUUCACUCUGCAGAUAGUCCAUCCUCUGCCUAUACCUCAGAUGGCCUCUACACUAAUCUUGAGCAGAACAUCCCAAGAAAUUAUGUCAUGAUAGAUGACAUCAGCGAGCUGACAAAAGAGAACAUGGGCAUUUCUUCAGAUAUGCACAAGACUGACAUGCACGGACACCCUGCCAGCGGACGCUACGGAAGUGAGACCUGCCCUCCGAGAAUGAGUUCCUACGGCAGGACAGAGGAGGAGUCCGAGGAAGACUUGUACGACCACCAUGGCAGGGGUAAGAGCACCAGCAGCUACCACCAGCGAGGUUCAGACAGUCAUGGCCGAAUGGGCAGCAGCAGCAGUAGCAUGGGUGGGGGAUCCUCCUAUUACUAUGACGACUACAAACACUCCACACGUGCAGACAAAUAUGGUUCCAGUAUGGGAGUCCAGAAGCAUUCCUCAAAAAAUAUGGGCCCGGCUGUCGUUUCUUCAAAGCGGAGUAAACACAGAAAGCAAGGCAUGGAGCAGAAGAUCUCAAAGUUUUCCCCCAUUGAAGAGGCUAAAGAUGUGGAGUCGGACCUGGCCUCCUAUACUAUAACGACAUCAUCUGGUGGUAGCUGCACUGUUGUAUCUAGGGCCAAAAAGAUGCAGGACGAUAUUGCUUAUGGAUUGAAGAAAAAUGUCUACGAUCAACAAAAGUAUUACAGCAUGUCUAGCCGUGAGGCGUUGGAGGAAGAAGACCGCAUGUACAGCUCUGGAAGGUCCAGGUCGACAGGCUACGGGAUGGACAAGAUCUCAUCAAGAGAUUCGGGCGGCCAUAGGAGCAAGUCAUAUGAGAGAGACACUAUGGAUCGCUCCCAGAGGAGCAGUUACAGCCGUGGCAGGCCUUCGAUGCGCUCCCAAUACUCAGAGGAGGAGAGCCCGCUCAGCCCCGUGGGGAAGCCCAUGGGUGUUGGGCGAGGCUCUAUAGGGCCAGAGCCUCCUGACGGUCGUAAUCAGUAUGGCUCUAGCCACUCCUUGCCUGAUGUGCAGGACCACAUGAAAGACCUGCCAAGAAGCCACGUCUACAAACCUGACGAUUCUUACAUUAUAGAUGAUAUGCAUUGUGCUGUGUCUGACAGUGAAGCCUAUCAUUUGGGACAGGAAGAGACAGACUGGUUUGAGAAGCCGAGGGAAGCCCGUUCUGAUAGGUCCAGGCACUAUGGAAGCAGUGGCCAUUCUUCCUCACAGAGGAGGAGCCAUGUCAAGCACACAUACCAUGACUACGAUGAGCCGCCAGAAGAGGACCUUUGGCCACAGGACGACUACAGCCACUCCCGCCAUUCUUCAUCCCGAGACCACAGGCACCAUGGUAGUUCUGGGAGACACUCAUCUUCAUCUCGUCAUUCGUCAGAAGAUCCCAGGUCCUCCAGGUCUUCUAGAGGACAUCCCAAGGACCCCUCUAUGCGCCAUGACACACGGGGUGUGUCAUCCUCUGGUAAGAGAGGGUCAUCCGACUCCCGGUCUUCGCAGGGCUACCAUGGCUCAGAUUACUCCCGUGACCCGUCCGGCCACCAUCACAGCUCAAGCAGCCAGAGGGCGCAGAAGCAGCAGUCCUCCAGUCACCACCAGCAGAUGUCUUCUCGGAAGCAACAGGACUUACAAUCCCAUCCACCCUCGUCGAGGCAGCAGGGGCCCAGUCAACAGCGAUCAUCUGGGGGGCCUCCAUCAGGCAGGCAGUCCACAUCACAGCAGCAGGAGGGCAUGCAGCAGCAGGGGCAGCAGGGCCAGCAACCACGCACUCAGCAGCAGCAGCAGCAGCAGCAGCAGCAGCAGCAGCAGGUGCAGACCUCCACAGCACGGCAAUCCCAGCCGCAGCCAGUAGGGACAGCACAGCAGCAGCCAGCGCAACCCCAGCAGCUGCAGGCUAAGCCUGGACAAGCCCAGGUUCGACAGCCACAGCCGACAGCUCAGCCUGCCAUAGCGGCAAAGACAGACACGACCCUUGCUCCUGGCAUAGCUGCCAAACCAGCCACGGCACAGCCUGCAAAAACCCCUCAGCCCCCUCUGACUGGAAUAGGCUCAAAAGCAGCCCCCAGACCUGGAGGGAUAGGAAGUGCAGCAGCGGGACAGCCUGCUGCUGAAGGGGAGAGUGUCCUCUCCAAAAUCCUGCCAGGAGGAGCGGCCGAGCAGGCGGGGAAACUGGGAGAUGCCGUCUCUGCUUUUGGCAAGAAAUUCACUUCCUUCUGGUGA